CGGCACACAUGCUGCUGCCCGAAAUGCCGAGGAGCGGACUACCUUAGGCUUAUUAGCUAGUGAUGAAGUGAUCCCGAUCCGUGCAGCUGCUUGGCCUUGGUAAGCUGCUCUGCUCACUCCACCGACGAUUUCAGUUGAGCCAACUAAUAAUAAUCCACUCGCUUUCGCCCUUUCUCCUCCUCCUCCUCCUCCCCUGUUUUCUUUUCUUUAAUAAAUAAUCCAUCCAUCCAUCCAUCCAUCCAUCCGCGUACUACGCGCCUUUGCCGAUCCCGCCGCUUAUUUUACUAAUAAUACUCCUCUCCUCUCCUAGUAGGGGAGUGAGUAGUAGUUAGUUAAGGCCACCCGCCCACCCCAAGCAGCAGCAGCAGCAGCCCAGAUCAAGCAGCAGGAUCUGCCAUUCUUUUGUUUUGCCUGCGCUUCAGUUGCGUUACAGGCAGGCAGGCAGGCAAGCAGGAUGCCUCACGCCAAGACGGACUCGGAGGUGACGAGCCUGGCGCCGUCGUCGCCGCCGCGGUCGCCGCCACGGACCCGCGGGGCCGUGUACUACGUGCAGAGCCCGUCCCGGGACUCCCACGACGGCGAGACGAAGACGGCCACCUCCGUGCACUCCACCCCGGCGCUGAGCCCCAUGGCGUCGCCGCGGCACUCGCACUCGUCCGUGGGCAGGGACUCCUCCUCCAGCCGCUUCUCGGGGCACGGCCACCACAAGCGCAAGGCCGACAAGGGACACCACCACGGCAGCAGCAACAAGGGCGCGCCGGGCGGCAAGGGGUGGCAGGAGAUCGGCGUCAUCGAGGAGGAGGGGUUCCUGGACGACGAGGAGGAGCACACCCGCAUCGUGCCCCGCAAGUGCUACUACUUCCUCGUCUUCGUCCUCGGCUUCGUCGCGCUCUUCUCCUUCUUCGCGCUCGUGCUGUGGGGCGCCAGCAGGUCGCAGAAGCCCCACGUCGUGAUGAAGAGCAUCCGGUUCGACAACUUCAUCAUCCAGGCCGGCACCGACGCGUCGCUCGUCCCCACCGACAUGGCCACCACCAACUCCACCGUCAAGUUCACCUACCGCAACAAGGGAACCUUCUUCGGAAUCCAUGUCACCGCCGACCCCUUCCAGCUCUCCUACAGCCAGCUAACGCUCGCAUCCGGAGACCUCAACAAGUUCUACCAGGCUCGCAGCAGCAGCCGCACGGUCAGCGUCUCCGUGGUCGGCAACAAGGUGCCGCUGUACGGCGGCGGCCCGACGCUGACGGCGGCGCCGGCGGCCGGCGGCAAGGGGGCGCAGGCGACCACCACCACGGUGGCGUCGGUGCCCAUGGUGCUGAGGACGACGCUGCACUCGCGGGCCUACGUGCUGGGCGCGCUGGUGAAGCCCAAGUUCACCCUCGCCGUCGAGUGCAGAGUGGUCAUGAACCCCAGCAAGCAGAACAAGCCAAUCUCCCUCGAGAAGGCCUGCCACUACUCAUAAUUAAUUACAUUGAGCUGUUCCUUCUCCCUCUUCUUCAUUCUUCGUCUCCCCUUCUCAGCUGCUCAACAACACAGGAAACUAUCAUGCAUAUCCUUGCUCCACAUCGCCAUGGCCACGCAUCUCCCAAUUGUACUGUAAUGGAGUAUUUAUUUCUUUCUUUUUGCCAAUUCUUUCUCUUCUCUUCUCUUCUCUUCUCUUCUCUUCUCUUCUCUUCUGUGUAUUAUUAAUUUCUUCUUCAUUUUGUGGAUCAUCAUAUACUAUUACUACAUAUAUGACAAUAUGCAUGAGAUCAAUGAAUGAAUCAAUAUAUGCUGGAUUAUAUUGGGAUGUGUGAUGCCAUGGCUGCAUUCCAAAUUCCCAA